ACAGCAGAAAAGGCCAUGCAGCGAAAAGCCCUCGAACUGAGGCCGGGUUCAGAAAUUUUGGCCGACCUUCGAUAGGGGGGUGCUUUCAAAGGGAGGGAACUAGCAUAGGCGUACCCUAAAUAACACUGAGGGGGGGGGGGGGGGGGGAUUGCACCCCGGGCCCGGGGUGUCCCAUGUUACCCCCAAAAUCAAGUGUUUCAAAAAUCAUUAAUUACACAAAAUAGAACUAGAUAAGGGAUGUCAAUACAAACUAUAUUGUGUGAUGCAAAAUCAGAACAGUCGAUCGACAUGAAAUUUCUUUGAUGUUGAUCCUGUUGACGAGCCAUCUAUUUUUCCGUUGUGCCUGAUGAGCUGUUAGUGAGAUCAGUGUCUUUCAAAUACCCCAAAUUAGAUGUUCAGAACAGCGUGAGUGAACAGAUUUGAAGAAGUGCAAGUUCUGGUUACAUCUCAAGAGGUACAAAGUACAUUGUAUUUCCAAGGCAAGUUCGUCAUAUGAACAGCGUCCCAAGAUGAACACGCUACUGGUGUCGGCUGUGCCGGCCUUUGAAUCUGGGAACGAGACUGAAAUCUGUAACAAACUGCAGGAAUUCACAAAAGAGAAUGCUGGUACAUUCUCAUUUACAGACGUGCAAUUAGAAACAAAAAAGAAAUUUGUAGGGGAUGUUAUGUACAUGCUAGAGCAGACAGAUAGCUGGGAAUGCCAACUUCUCUGCUUGGAAUCACUGAAGAUCUUCAGCCGAGACAAGUACAACAUGCUCCAACUUGAACAGAAGGAAUGUGUGCACCUUCUCCUUAAACUAGCUGGCCUUAAUGAGGAACCAAAGGAUUAUGAUAUCAAAGUCAUCACAGAAGCCCAGAAGUGCCUGUGUAAUCUUGUGUUCAACAAUGCCAAAGUCAGGACAAUAUGCAGUGAGAGUUCAUGCGUGGAGCAGAUCCUCGCCCGCACCAAACGAUACACCGAUGCCAAGGUACCUUGGGAUACCAAGUAUUAUGACAUGAGGCUUCUCUUCUUACUCACGGCACUCAUUCCUGAUUUGAGGGCAAAGAUUCGAACGGAACUCUCGGGAGUGGAAAUCCUCACCGGUGUGUUAGAAACCGAAGUGCUUUGCGACAUCACUGACAGAGAGACUCUGGGGACGACAGGGGCUUCGGAGAAGGGAGAGAUCGUCUCGGCAGCCAAGGCCGACCUAGCUGGGGAGAUUCUCAAGGCUUUCUUCAAUGUUAUUGUACAUGUCAAGGUCGAGGAUUUGCAAGGGGAGGACGACACUGUUUGGAAAAGGCUUGGUAUUGCUUUCAGAGCAUUGCUGCUUUCAGAGUCAGAAAAUGAAGAGAAAACAGAAGCAUAUCACAGUCACACUGUCAACAUGUUAACCUUGCCAUUACCCAAAGCCUUAGUACUACAACUCAUCCCAGAGCCAGAGGGAGCGACAGGAGGAUCGUCUAGUUACCAUGGUUACAGUAUGGAUCUCAUCGCAGCUAUCCUCAAAUUCCUUGAGAAGAGAAUAGAAAAGUGCACUGCUAAAGAUGGAAGACAGUUUUCUCUUGUGGAGCAACUCAAUCCUGCAAUUAGCGCCCUCUGUGUUCUGUCCAGAUGCAAUCGCUAUAUCAGAAAACAUUUGAAAGAACAGGUCUUGCCCCCAUUAAGAGAUGCAUCCAACUUACCUGAAGAAGGGGAUACACUAAGAAACAAAUUGGUGAGAUUAAUGACAAAUCCAUCGACUGAAAUCAAGGAAUCCGUGGCUGAUUUCAUCUUCAUUCUCUGCAAAGAAUCAGUUACAAGAUUGGUGAAGUAUACUGGCUACGGGAAUGCUGCCGGGAUGCUUGCAAGGCGGGGUCUGCUGCAAGGAGGGAGGGGGAACACUGAUUACAGCGAUAGCGACGGUGACGAUGACAGCGAUACGGAAGAAUACCGGGAAGUUCGGGACAGGAUAAAUCCGAUAACAGGGAGAGUUGAGGAGGAUAAACCAGACCCAAUGGAAGGGAUGUCAGAAGAACAAAAAGAAUUCCAUGCUAGAGAACUAGCAGCUAUGAUCACUAAGAUGGCCAACGAGGGCGUCAUCACACCCAUGGCCGUCGGACAAGACGGCCGCCUCGUCUCGAUGACAGAAAUCAUGGGUCGCGCUCAAAUCACCGAAAUCCAGGAAAAUGGCGAUGGCGAUUCUGACGUCGACUGAUACGACCCUAAAGGUCAACCAAAACAAAUAUCUGCGCCCCUUCUCGAUCAGUACCCGCACCCGAGUGGACCCAGUAGGACCAGCAUAAGAUGUGAUGUGUAAAAAUGCUUAGCUGAACAGGACCAAACUGGAAAGUUAUGUGUAUAGAGAGGGUACCAAUAUUUAGUUUAUCACUUAGAGAUAUUAGAAUGCCUCAAAGGUAAUUAAGAGAUGGCCACCACCCAAGAAAAUUUUUUAACCAUCAUUGAACUUCAGUAACCCUCAGAGAGGAGUGGGCUCUUUUUUUAGAUAUUGAGGACUAGGGGGUGGGUAUGUUGGCCUCCCUUAAUGAUCUCAGCCACACAAGUUACAUUUAAGAAAAGAAGGCAUCAAAUCUUGCUUUGUUAUCUCUGUACAUUAGAAUAAAAUGGAGUGAAAUGUCAAGGGGGAGGGCAUUAUGCAAAAUGCCGCCCCCCUGUCCUCUAAGGGUUAUUAUUAAGUCAUUAUUUAAAUACAGCUGCCCCCGAUAUACUUCUCUUUAUUGAUGCACAGAGAAUAUUGUACAACGCCUACUUAGCUUGUUGUACGCGAGCAAAUGGGAGGCUGAAUGUCAAACAUUUGUAUCGUUGCACACACGACGUACCGUCCAAAAUGUACCGUUGCACGGCUUUAGGAGGUGACGUCAUAAUACGAUUUAAUUCAUUGCGCUCAGUAAAAAUGAAGGUGCAAUACGCGUAUAGCCUGCUGGCUAAAUGCGCAAUGCUGCCCAAGGUCAUGUGCGCUUGUGGGAUUUUGCUUUUCGCUUUUAAUAUUUUUGCUCCCUUUUCAUAGAUUACUGCAGGGAAACUCUUGUUUUGUUCAUAUUUUCGCUAGAUUCCAAGGCGUUGUACAACACAAAUAACGAAUAUUCUUAUUCGUGCGAUGGUGCGAGAACUCGCAUUCGGCGAAUGAAAGAGAUGCUCUAUUCAACUUGGCUAACGCCUCGUUGCAUAGAGCAUCUUUCUUUCACUUCAUGCAAAAUCUCGCACUCAUGCCUAUUCGCUAUUUGUAUAUUGUUAAUAUUUUUAUCACAGCCUACUCUUGUGAUCAGACUUAAAUUGAGAUUUUUCACCAGAAUUUUCCUACGACAACAUAAUAGUCAGUACCUGUAUAUGCACAUAGUUGUCAUAUGUGUGAUUUGUCUAUGAACUUUGAAAGUAUGUUGCACCAAAGGCAUUGCAGCUUUUCUGAGGGACUUGCUCCAGUUCACCUAUAUUCCACUCAACCAAGGACAAGUACAUAAACCUAGAGUUCAUGAUUUAAAGGGAAAAUUCAUCCUAUUGGUUGGUUUUGAUUAAAUGUUCUGAAGGGGAGUGUUUCAUCAAUAUUUCCGUCCGACAAGUUGUCAGAUAUGACAACUUUCCUUGAUUAUGAUUGGCUGAGAAGCAAUGUAAUCGUGGUAACUGGAUAAAAUGGACUUGUUAGAUAAAACGUCUGACAAGUCCUAUCAUGAAACACUCCCAGGGGGCUGUUUCAUAAAGCUCUUCGUAAGUUUAGAGCGACUUUAAGAACGACUGGUGAACGUUUCCUAUGCGCUAGAUAAUCAUCAUUGAACAUUUAAUGGUGAAUAUCAUUUACCACAAAAAAGGAUCCCCAGUCGUUCUUAAGGUCGAUCUUGACUUACGAACAGCUUUAUGAAACACCCACCAGGAUUGAAGGAGUCAAGAAAAGAAAAAGCAGAAAAUUAAAGAAACACAGUAGUUAAGGUUGAGGGGGCAUGAUAGCUCAGUCAGUAAAACGGAGGUUUUGUAUUCCGGUACCCAGGUUCAAUUCUCACUUGGUGCGCUAGUGCCCUUUGGUAAGGCAUUUAUCCUCACUACCAGGUCCCUCAGAAAGGAACGUUAGCUUUGGUUCUUUGGUUGCUUGCUUACAAGUAUUCAGGUUUUCUAAGCCAUCUUGUAAAAAAAUCGCCAACUGCCAAGGUUUGGCAAAAGUGCAUCAAAGAAUUAAAACGAUGAUUCCAUUCUGUAUGAUUAACAACACUGGUCAUUUGAUAAGCGAUUUAGCAUCAAAUUCCCCAUGCAACUGACUCCACUCUCUUUGUUAAUCACAUUUUUUACCCUGUAUUAUAGCAAAGCAUUAACAAUCUAGAACAAGUAUGUUGAUAUUUUCCUUUUUCUUUUUCAAAGAGGUAUGCAUUUACCAUAGUAUAUGUACAUUGCUUUCUGUGAGUAUUUAUGAUAGAUUGGUGCAAUAUUUUUCACUUUAAGAACUUAAGAAUUUCUUUUUUGUGAACUCUAUGCAUUGUCGUUUUACUAGCUUUCGCUUACUUGAAAAUGUCUUCAUUUAAAAAAGAAAGUAAUAUUUGCACUUUGUGAAGAAUGUCAAAGUGUUUUAUAUUAUUUCAUGUCAGCUUGGUCAGUGGGAAAAUAUAUUACAUUGUUUUUUCCAUGCAUCUGAUUUAGGAGGGUUUUUUUAUUGUCUCUUUUCUAAUUUGGUUUUAAUAUCAGGAUAAACGUUUUAAGACAUCCUUUUUUUUUUUGGGGGGGGGCUGUUUCUGAGUUGUAUGAUAAUCAGUACAGAAAAUAAUUAGGUUAAAAACCAAUGGUCAAAUAUCACUGAAAAUCAGUGAUCAUUCAGUCUAUUUAGUUUUUAUUUCCAACUUUUGCAUUCCGAAUUUGUGAUAAUCAUCAGAAUUUGAUGCAUUUAUUUCCCUGUCAGCUGACUCUAGAACCUUUUAAUAAUGUCUCCUUUUUUUGGAAGUGCAAUUUUUUGUAAUUCGAUGAGAUGAGGGGAGUUUUUAAGCCCCCUAACAUGUGUACUAAUAACCUUUCUCGUCCACUACACAAAUAUGGGACUCCUCAAGAGUUUUGAUGUUCAGUCUCACUGUUCUCAAACAAGUGAUAUUUCGUACAUGGUGACCUCAUCCAUCUUGUAUCACCCAAUUGACUUGUGUCGUGAUUGUUCUCCUGAUCCUCCUGGCUCGGCAAUGGGUCACAGUCCACUCAAAAUCACACCGUUAAAUGUUAACUUUCUGCAGACUGGUACGGGGUCGAUUGAAUGUGAUAAUGCAAGGCUCCACAAUAAUUUUUUUUCUUGGUGGUCCAAUUGGUCCACCAAAAUCAUCAAUUUCAUAUUUUUGGUGGCCUGCAACACAAAUUUAAUGGCCCUAAAACAAUAGAAAAUAUUUCAAUUUAUCCAAACUUUUGUAGCCCAAUCGGGCCACCAAGUGUGGGCUUUUACAGAAUUUUGGUAGCCCGACUCUCACUUUUAGUUGCCCCGGGCCACUGCUAAUGUCGAGCCCUGGAUAAUUUCAUUAGUGUACGAACUUGAGCUGUCAUCUUGUUAACUGUACACAUCCAGUUGACUUGAAUUGUGUUCCUGUCCAUGUGAUUGGAUCGACCGGAUGUGUUAUUACCAAUAUGUUUAUCAACGCCUCAAAACGCCACAAUUGUGCAGUAUUAUGUCUGGGAAAUUUCUCAUCAGGGUCUCAGAUAAUAAUGUGAUCGCAUUUUGACCUAUCACUGAUUCAAAACUAGAGAACAUGUAAUAUCAUGUUAACAUUCAUCUCGCAUGAAUAUGCUUCUUUUUUUUUUGCUCAAAAUAUAUGUCGUUAAAAUAUGCUUGUAAAAUAAUACAACACUUUGUGACAUUGGAAACAAAAUCUGUGAUGAUUUUAAACCUCAAAUCAUGGUUCAUGCAUUUAGGCCUAUUGCUGAAUUAUUGCAAACACAUGUGUCAAUAAAACGUUUUGCAACUCUA